AUGCGGUGGGAUGGUGGCUUUGAGCGGAUGAUUGCGAGAGAGUCGCAGAGAAGCGUUGCGAUAACGAGAAGUUUGUGUAUUGCCUUAGAAAAGAGGUUGCACGAAGUUCGAUGUAUUCUGGGUAAGGGAUCUUUUAUGGUAUAUGUCGUCACUGGAUGGUAUAAAUGGCUAGUAACUUGGUCAAUUCAUUCACAUUAUCACUUAAUUAUGGAGGCAAGAGGAAUUUACUCAGCUGCCAAUAUAUUUGUUUACUGUUGCACUUUGUGCCACAAAGACUAA